UCGACACCAAAUUGUGAAAUGUCUGUUCAAAAGCCACAAAUAAAAUACACACAACUUUUUAUUGACAAUGAGUUUCGGGAUUCGGUUAAUGGGAAGCGUUUCCCGACAAUCAAUCCUUCAAACGGCGACGUGAUCUCAGAGAUCGCUGAAGCGGACAGGAAUGACGUCGAUGUGGCCGUCAAAGCGGCUCAACGGGCCUUCGAGUUGGGCUCUGAGUGGCGGACAAUGGAUGCCUCGAAGAGGGGACGACUGAUGCAAAAAUUGGCGGAUCUGAUGGAGAGGGACGCCGAGUAUAUCGCUAGUUUGGACACAUUAGAGAAUGGGUUGACAAUCAAUGACACCAAACACUCAAUGGUUUUCUCUGUGGAACUGAUCCGGUAUUACGCGGGUUGGACUGAUAAGAUACACGGAAAGACCAUUCCUUCAGACGGAAACAUAACAACUCUAACCAGAAUCGAGCCAAAGGGUGUCUGCGCUAUAAUAAUCCCAUGGAAUGCACCGAUGGUUAUGUUGGCCAAGACUAUGGGUCCGGCGCUGGCGGCCGGCAAUACGGUGAUCGUGAAACCGGCGGAACAAACAUCUCUAAGCACUCUAUAUAUCGCUAGUUUGGUUCGAGAGGCAGAGUUCCCGUCGGGAGUGUUCAAUGUUGUCUGCGGUUACGGCGCGAUCGCCGGCGCGGGACUGUCAGAGCACAUGGAUGUCGACAAAAUAACGUUCACCGGCUCUACGGCUGUGGGAAAACUGAUACAACAGGCGUCGGGCGCCUCUAACCUGAAGAGUGUGACCCUAGAGUUGGGCGGAAAGAGUCCGUUAGUGGUGUUCGACGACGCGGACAUCGAUGAAGCGGUCCAUUUGGCACACUUUGCGGUGUUUGUGUGCAACGGACAGGUGUGCUGUGCGGGCAGUCGUACCUUUGUUCAGGAGGGCGUUUACGACGAGUUUGUCCGUAAGAGUGCCGAAGUGGCCGCCGCUCGAGUGGUGGGCGACCCGUUCAACACGAAGACAGUUCAGGGACCGCAAGUCAAUGCCCAACAACUCAAUAAAGUGAUGGAAUUAAUCGAAAGCGGUAUCAAAGAGGGCGCGACACUCGAGACCGGAGGCAAACGGAUCGGUAAUAAAGGCUAUUACGUGGAGCCGACCGUCUUCUCCAACGUUAGGGACGACAUGCGUAUCGCUCGCGAAGAGAUCUUCGGACCCGUCCAACAGAUCAUCAAAUUCAAGACAAUGGAUGAAGUGAUCCAACGCUCCAAUGAUACUAUUUAUGGCUUGGGUUCGGGAAUUGUGACCAAAAGUCUGGAUAAUGUGUUGACGUAUUCACAGGCGGUUAAAGCGGGCACUGUUUGGGUCAACUGUUACUUUGUGGUCACUCCACAGACACCUUUGGGUGGUUAUAAAAUGUCUGGUUUUGGUCGAGAGUUCGGUGAGAAUGCACUCUACGAAUACACCGAAGAGAAGACAAUUACCAUAAGACUUGCGAACAAGAAUUCAUAA